AUGGCAAUGGAAAUGGUGAAGAAAUCUCAGGAAGAGGACAUUAUGUCGAAUGAAACCAAUGGGCUUUUCCGUUCGUCUUCGGAACAUUCUUUGGAAAAGAAUAAUGAUCUCUCUCAUUGGGAAUUUGUUAACCCAUCUGAUGCUGAUUCAGAUGAUGCUAUUAUUGAUAAUCUUUCCUUAAAGAGUUUUCAAGAUGGGUUGUUGGUUUCUCGGCGUUCUCCGCUCUCUUCAUCAAGAUCGUCCCCGGAAGAUAAUCAAACGAAAAAACCCCAGCUUGUUGUGAUUGAUCAAGAUCGGUUUGUUGGGUGUUUUGACAAGCCAGUGUUAUAUAAUGACGAUGAGGAGGAUGAUGAUGAUGAAGGGUAUAAGUAUUAUGUUGGUUUGAAUUAUGGUGAUUAUUAUGAUGAUGGUGGCGAUGAUCUGGACGAUGAGCAUGUGCCGUGGUAUGUGAGUGGGAAGCUUGGGAGGCAGAGGAUGAGGACAAUGGGGACGAGGCCGUUUGCAAAGAUGCAAUAUUCAAAGAAGUCGCCUUCCUUGUAUAUGAAGCCGGGUUGUGUUCAAGGCAAGCAUGGACUGGGAAAGAAGCGUAGUUUUUAA